UCGCUAAGUGUAUUUUCGUUUAGGGCUUCAGAAUGGAGAGGGACUCUCUCCUGCUUCAUAUCAGACCAUGAAGGUUUCCAUGGGACCAUAAAAAACUCACCCCAAGACUUUGUGGUUAUUGAGAUAGACAUCAAUGGACAACUUGUUAACAGUCCUAAUGUUCAAGAAGAACUUACAAAAAGACCUCCUCAACCAAGGCAAGCUAUUGAAAGGGUUGAUAAAUUAAAACAAUCUAAACCAGAUGACACUGACAUUUUAAAUCAGGAUUGCUUUGAUCUGAAUGUAAUCCUGGGUCCACCGUGAACAAAGUUGGAGCAUUUCACUAACAAAAUAAGAAUAAGAGCCGGUGAGCAAGAAAAGGUGGAACUGUCACUGGGUACUUAUCCUGAUAAACACCAGAGAGCAGUUGUCCACAGAGCAGUAAGAUACAACUUCCCCUUUCUCCAGACUGUGACCAACCAAUCAGAGAUUCGGGUCAGAGAGGACCUAGACUUCAAGAAUCUUGCUAGUUUAGCCUCUGAAGGAGAAGCUGAGGAGUUCUUCCGGGUCAUUGAUGCAAAAGUACCUGGUUCUGCGUUCACCUUCCUGGCCGAUGAUAGCAAGGAGCACCGAACUUCAGUUCACCAUUUUGUUAGCAGGCGGUUUGGGAAGCUUGUGGAAACCAAGAGCUUCACCGACCAGAAGACGACUUUUAUUACAGUGAGACUAAGAGAGAGAAGCAAACAACCCAAGAAGAGAACAAUAGCAGAAUGUCAAGAGGAGGAAGUGGAGGUGACACUAUACACAGCUUUCACACUGAUGAAAGAGAACUUGGAGACUUUGGAGGCCAUCAGCUAUAUGGCUGCAGUACUUGGAGUGCUUCUGUCUGAUUUUACCUAUGCAGGAAUUAAAGACAAGCGAGCUAUCACCUACCAGGCCAUGGUGAUGAAAAAAAUCUCCCCAGAGCGGUUGCUGGACAAAGUCUCAGAGUUUGAGAGGAGGAGAAUGCAGAUCUCUCAUGUCCGUCCUGUUUCUGAGCCCCUUAAGCUCGGCAGACUCCAGGGAAAUCACUAGGAUCUUGUCAUCAGAGACCUGAAGCCUCAUGGGAAAAGUCAACUUACAGAGCUGCAACAUCUUGUAAAAGAGGCAGUGGAAAAUGUGAAGAACAAAGGCUUUGUAAAUUAUUAUGGUCCCCAACGGUUUGGAAGUGGAUCAUGUGUCCAAGCAGACCAAGUAGGGCUUGCGCUCUUAAAGGAGAAAAUGGAGGCUUCUGUUAAGCUGUUCUUCACUCCAGGGGAUGGUGAUGAUCUCCAGAACAAGGCAAAACGUCAUUUUCUUCUCACUGGGAAUGCCAAGGAGAGCUUGGCCGUCAUGCCAGCUUACAAAGCCAGAGAGUGUCUUAUGCUCCAUGCACUUCACCGAUACGGCAGUGGACAGGAGGGUUGCAUACGUGGCUGGCUCGGUUUACCCCACAGUAUGAGGGUCUUCUACCUCCACUCUUACUGUAGCAGAGUGUGGAACGAAGCGGCCAAAUACCGGCUCCAGACACUGGGCUUUAAGCCUGUCCAGGGAGAUUUGGUUUGGUCUCGAUCUGAAGAGAGACUUAAAGACACCACAGUGGAACUGAACACUCCACAGGUCCAUGUACAGCCUGCAGACCUCAGAGAAGCCACGGGGUCAGUCAGACCAGACUUGUGUGCCCAGUCUAUCAGUAACCUUUGACCUGGAUGCAUCCUGCUAUGCUACUGUGUGUCUCGGCGAGAUUAUGAAGUGUAAUCUCUCAUAGUUUAUUUAAUGACAGUGAUUAAAAAUGCUUACAGACUAAAUAAUAUUGAUCUUUCGUAACGUCAAAUAUGAGGGGCUGUUUUGUGCCUAGUUAUGUAAGUGAUUACCAGGAGUUCCUGUCAUAAAGCAUCUGUGCCUUCACUUAUGGGAAAAGAAGAGGAUCUUCUGUGCCAGUGUCAUUGAUGAGGAACUCUGGAUGAGUCUUGAAGUUGUACAUGCAAAGAUUUAAUAAAAAAUCUUCCUGACAAGUCUGAUUGUUUGGUUGCGUGUUUCAGUAUGUGAAU